AUGGCCAUCGGACAAUUACCCCAAGGCUUUGUCCUCUUGAUAUGUGUGCUGAUAGCUGCCGCAUAUGCCGAUUAUGACCACUACGAUGCUGCCCUAUACGGAGGUGACGUCGGCGGUGAUGUGUACGGUGGUUCCUCACACGGUGGUUCUGGAGGAGGUAAAACCCACUGCUGUGAAAAUGCUGAUCUGAUUAACGGAAGAUGUGUAUGCAAGCCCAACUACAAAGGACAUAGCACACACCCAUGUGACAAUCCUUGCUGGGAUAAGUGUGGAGAAAACACUUUUUGUAACGUACAGGAAUUUGUAUGUUACUGUAAAGAGGGUUAUAUAGGAGAUCCCUACCGAGGAUGUGAAUUGCCUUGUGGGGGUAAUUGUGUAUCAAACGCCUACUGUGACAGUCAUACCAACACCUGCCGUUGUAACGCUGGUCUUAUUGGUGAUGCCACACAGAAAUGUUAUGAACCAAGUGUUGUCUCCUUCGCGGAGUCAAGCUACUCUGUGAAAGAAAACAGUGGAACAUUAAAAGUCAAAGUUAUCAGAGAGAAAGGAACAUGCGGAUCGAUCACAGUAUCAUUUGCUGUUGCUUCUAUAACCGCCACAAGUCCAGCUGAUUUCACUUACACUACAGGUUCUCUCCAGUUUGGAAAUAAGGACUCCGUGGAAUUCAUUAGUAUUAAAAUCAUCAAUGAUCAGGAAUUUGAACCAGAUGAGAGCUUCUCCAUAACUUUGACAUCUGUUGUUGGUGGUGGAUCUGUCGGACCUAAAGACACAACAACCGUUACCAUAAUUAACGACGACAAACCAUGCGGAGGGAAAUGUAAAGCCAAUGCCUACUGUAGAAAGUCGGACGAUACAUGUGUAUGCAACAGUGGAUUUAUUGGAGAUCCAUUAAAAGGAUGCAAAAAGCCAUGUGAUGACAAAUGUAAGAAGAACUCUUAUUGCAAUGCUGCUGACAAUAAAUGUUAUUGUAAAGAAGGAUACGUAGGAAACCCAACUAAGGAUGGCUGUGAUUUGCCAUGCGGAGGAAACUGUGUUGAAAAUGCCUACUGUAAGGGGCGUGACAACAAAUGCUAUUGUAAGGACGGCUAUGUUGGAAACGGAUACAAACGAUGUGCCAGGCCUUGUGACGAUGCCUGUAAACAGAACGCUUAUUGUAACAAGAAAGACAACAAAUGCUACUGUAAAAAAGGAUAUAUCGGGGUACCCACUGUUGGAUGUGAACUUCCUUGUGGAGGAAAAUGUGGUGCUUCUGCUUUCUGCGAUGAUGCUGACAACAAGUGUAAAUGCAAGAAGGGGUUGGUCGGUGAUCCUUAUGUACGAUGUGCCAAGCCAUGUGAUAACAAGUGCAAAAAGAACGCUUUCUGUAAUAGUAACAACGAAUGUGAAUGCAAUCCUGGAUUUGUCGGAAACCCACUAAAAGGAUGUGACCGUCCAUGUGGUGGUAAAUGCAAGCCGAAUUCUUUCUGCGAUUCAAACACCAACAAGUGCCGGUGCAACAAAGGAUAUAUCGGCAAUCCACUGAAAAAAUGCUUCUUGCCAAGUGUGUUCCAGUUUGCGUUGUCUGCCUACGCCGUAGAAGAAGAUGCAGGCUCAGUUAGUAUCGACAUUGUCAGGUCAAAAGGAACCGAAGGAGCUUACAUCGCCACAUGGGUCGCCUCUGAUGGAACUGCUACAAGACCAGACGAUUAUAUAAAUGGACAAGGAACUGUGGCCUUCAAGACUAACGAGAUUAAAGAAACGUUCUCUAUCAAAAUCAACAAAGAUAAGGUUUAUGAACCAACUGAGUCAUUCACAGUAUCCCUGACUGUUGUGAGUAAUGAAGGAGAACUAGGAUCACUUACUACCACAACAGUUACAAUCAAGAAUGACGACAAACCAUGUGGAGGAGCUUGUAAAGAAAACGCUUAUUGUGAUAUGCCAUCACAGGAAUGCGUCUGUAAAUCAGGCUACAUUCUGUUCCGUGGCUCGUGCAGCCUUCCUUGUGGAGGACCAUGUGGAGCUAACGCCCGCUGUGACUCCUCAUCAAACAAAUGCGUAUGUCUCCCAGGAUACAAUCUUAUCAAGGGAUCUUGCAGUUUUCCAUGUGGAGGACCAUGCGGACCAAACGAACGAUGUGACAAAUCCAGCAACAAAUGCGUGUGUAGCUCAGGAUACGUUUCAUUCGGAGGCGCGUGUGUCUUGCCCUGCGGAGGCCCAUGUGGACCCUACUCUUACUGCAACAAAGCCAGUAACAAAUGUGAAUGUAACAAAGGAUAUUACUUCUAUCACGGUUCAUGUGUCUUGCCAUGCGGAGGCCCAUGCGGACCCAACGCUUAUUGCAACAAAGUCUCCAACCAGUGUGAAUGUAACAAAGGAUACUACACCUACCACGGAUCAUGUGUCUUGCCAUGUGGAGGCCCAUGUAAACCUAACUCAUAUUGUGACAAAGUGAGGAACCAGUGUGUCUGUAACACAGGCUACUACACCUACCAUGGAUCGUGUGUCUUGCCAUGUGGAGGACCGUGUAAAUCAAACGCCUAUUGUGAUAAAAUCAGGAACCAGUGUGUCUGUAACACAGGAUUCGUGCUCUACCGCGACUCAUGUGUCUUGCCAUGUGGAGGACCCUGUGCACCUUACUCCUACUGUGACAAAGCAAGUAACAAGUGUGUCUGUAACACAGGAUACUUCCUCUACCAUGGAUCAUGUGUCUGUGUACCUGAGGGAGGAGAUUGUUUAAAUGACAAUAAUAUUUCUUUCGAUUCUAUUUAUUCGUACGCAGCCUUUUUUGUAAAUACCAUUUUGCCAUGUGGAGGACCAUGUAAACCAAACGCCUAUUGUGACAAAGGCAGGAACCAGUGUGUCUGUAACAAAGGAUACGUCAUUGUCGGGGGAUUGUGUACUCGUCCAAGUGUUGUACAAUUUGUACGAGCAAGUUACUCAGUAAGUGAACGCGAUGGAAGUGUUUCGUUAGAAGUAUCAAGAACUGGUGGAACCUCUCCAGUGACAGUCUCUUGGUUAGCCAAAGCUAUGACUGCUUCCUACCCAAGUGACUUCAGUCAAAACCAAGGAACAGUUACAUUCGGAAGUGGACAAACAUCCCAGACAUUUUCUAUUGCAAUCGUCGAUGACAAGGUAUUUGAGCCAAGUGAAAGUUUCUCUGUCAGUCUGUCCGUGCAGUCCUCUUCAUCAUCGUUUGUCAGUAUCGGAAGUUUUAGAGUGACCAGGGUAACCAUCACAAAUGAUGAUAAACCAUGUGGUGGACCAUGUGGAGCCAAUGCCCAUUGUGAUAUGCCUUCACAGAAAUGUGUCUGUAACACUGGUCACUUUUUGUACCAUGGAGUCUGUACAUGGCCAUGUGGAGGACCAUGUGGAUCAAACGCCUAUUGUGACAAAGUCAGCAACAAGUGUGUCUGUAACACUGGAUAUUACGUUUACCACGGAUCAUGUGUCUUGCCAUGUGGAGGACCAUGUGGACCAAACGCCUAUUGUGACAAAGGCAGGAACCAGUGUGUCUGUAACACAGGAUACUUUACAUACCAUGGAUCAUGUGUUCUUCCAUGCGGGGGACCAUGUGGACCUAACUCUCGUUGCGACAAAGUUAGCAACAAGUGUGUCUGUAACACAGGAUAUUAUCUCUACCAUGGAUCAUGUGUUUUGCCAUGUGGAGGACCAUGUGGACCAAACGCCUAUUGUGACAAAGGCAGGAACCAGUGUGUCUGUAACACAGGAUACUUUACAUACCAUGGAUCAUGUGUUCUUCCAUGCGGAGGACCAUGUGGACCUUACGCUCGUUGCGACAAAGUUAGUAACAAAUGUGUCUGUAACACAGGAUAUUAUCUCUACCAUGGAUCAUGUGUUUUGCCAUGUGGAGGACCAUGUGGACCAAACGCCUAUUGUGACAAAGGCAGGAACCAGUGUGUUUGUAACACAGGAUACUUCACAUACCAUGGAUCAUGUGUUCUUCCAUGCGGAGGACCAUGUGGACCUUACGCUCGUUGUGACAAAGUUAGCAACAAGUGUGUCUGUAACACAGGAUAUUAUCUCUACCAUGGAUCAUGUGUUUUACCAUGCGGUGGACCUUGCGGACGUAACGCUUAUUGUGACAAAGUCAAAAAUCAGUGUGUCUGUAACCAAGGCUAUUUCCUCGUCCAGGGAUCUUGUUCUCAACCAUGCGGCGGACCAUGUGGACCUAAUGCCCGUUGUGAUAUGCCUUCACAGAAAUGUGUCUGUAACACUGGCUACUUUUUGUACCAUGGAGUCUGUACAUUGCCAUGCGGAGGACCAUGUCGACCAAACUCAUAUUGUGAUAAGCUUAAAAACGUAUGUGUCUGCAAGACAGGAUACUUUUCCUAUCACGGAUCCUGUGUAUUGCCAUGCGGAGGACCAUGUGGACCAAACUCCUAUUGUGACAAAGGCAGGAACCAGUGUGUCUGUAAAUCAGGCUACUUUACAUACCACGGAUCAUGUGUCUUGCCAUGUGGAGGACCAUGUGCACCAAACUCCUAUUGUGACAAAGUCAAGAACCAGUGUGUCUGUAAAACAGGCUACUUUACAUACCAUGGAUCAUGUGUCUUGCCAUGUGGAGGACCAUGUGCACCAAACUCCUAUUGUGACAAAGUGAGGAACCAGUGCGUCUGUAAAACAGGCUACUUUACAUACCACGGAUCAUGUGUCUUGCCAUGUGGAGGACCAUGUGCACCAAACUCCUAUUGUGACAAAGUGAGGAACCAGUGCGUCUGUAAAACAGGCUACUUUACAUACCACGGAUCAUGUGUCUUGCCAUGUGGAGGACCAUGUGCACCAAACUCCUAUUGUGACAAAGUGAGGAACCAGUGCGUCUGUAAAACAGGCUACUUUACAUACCAUGGAUCAUGUGUCUUGCCAUGCGGAGGUCCAUGUAAAACUAACACUUAUUGUGACAAAGUGAGGAACCAGUGUGUCUGUAAAACAGGUUACUUUACAUACCACGGAUCAUGUGUCUUGCCAUGCGGUGGACCAUGUAAACCAAACGCCUAUUGUGAUAAAGUCAGGAACCAGUGUGUCUGUAACACAGGAUAUAACCUCGUCCGUGGAUCUUGCAUUCAACCAUGCGGCGGACCAUGUGGACCUAAUGCCCGUUGUGAUAUGCCUUCACAGAAAUGUGUCUGUAACACUGGCUACUUUUUGUACCAUGGAGUCUGUACAUUGCCAUGCGGAGGACCAUGUCGACCAAACUCAUAUUGUGAUAAGCUUAAAAACGUAUGUGUCUGCAAGACAGGAUACUUUUCCUAUCACGGAUCCUGUGUAUUGCCAUGCGGAGGACCAUGUGGACCAAACUCCUAUUGUGACAAAGGCAGGAACCAGUGUGUCUGUAAAACAGGCUACUUUACAUACCACGGAUCAUGUGUCUUGCCAUGUGGAGGACCAUGUGCACCAAACUCCUAUUGUGACAAAGUCAAGAACCAGUGUGUCUGUAAAACAGGCUACUUUACAUACCAUGGAUCAUGUGUCUUGCCAUGUGGAGGACCAUGUGCACCAAACUCCUAUUGUGACAAAGUGAGGAACCAGUGUGUCUGUAAAACAGGCUACUUUACAUACCACGGAUCAUGUGUCUUGCCAUGUGGAGGACCAUGUGGAGCUAAUGCCUAUUGUAACAGGGGAACCAACCAAUGUGUUUGUAACUCCGGAUACAAGCUCUAUCAUGGAGUCUGUUCACUACCUUGUAACGGAGCCUGUGUGUACAACGCCUAUUGUGAUCUCGCUUCAAACACGUGUAAAUGUAACCCUGGACUUCUUGGAGACCCAACAAAGAAAUGCGGAAUUCCAUGUGAUGGACGAUGCGGAUCGUUCCCACAUUCUCACUGUGACCACAGCAUAAACAAAUGUACCUGUGACACUGGAUACACCGGAAAUCCAUACGGAAGUCUUGGAUGUGUAUGUAACGGAGGACACAGCGGAGGAAGCGUUGGCGGAGGAAGCGUUGGCGGAGGUUACUAG